AAAGACCAUUAACUCUCUCCUUUCCUGUCAUGUACAUGAUUAAUGCUUAUAAUAUUCAGUAUCUUGCAUAAAGCUGUCUCUGUCCUCCUCUUCUCCUUGCUUCUUGCUCCUCUCCUUCAAUAUUCUUUCUCUGCCCCUGCAAUUCUUUUUUAUUUGGUUCUUUCUUGGUGAUUGUGUCCCUUGUGCCUCUGUCACAAGUUUUGACCCAAGAACAUGCUAGUAGCAUUACUCUUGCUGCUGUCGCUGAGCAAUGAAGUCAGAGUCAAUGGGCUGUGUGAGCAUAAUCCAGCACCAAAGCCAAGACCGCACACUGUGUCCAUCCUGGAGUUUGGAGCGGUUGGGGAUGGUAAAACGUUGAACACUAUUGCAUUCCAGAAUGCCAUCUUCUAUCUCAAGUCAUUUGCUGACAAGGGUGGUGCUCAGUUAUAUGUGCCACCAGGAACAUGGUUGACUAAAAGUUUCAAUCUUACGAGUCAUCUGACACUGUUCUUGGAAAAAGGUGCUGUCAUUCUUGGAUCUCAGGAUCCAUUUCACUGGGAAGUUGUUGAUCCAUUACCUUCUUACGGUCGAGGAGUUGAAGUUCCCGGGGGAAGAUAUCAGAGUUUAAUAAAUGGAUACAUGUUAGAUGAUGUGGUGAUAACAGGUAAUAGUGGAAUAAUUGAUGGCAUGGGUUUGGCAUGGUGGGAAUUGUUUAGCUCUCAUUCCCUGAACUACAGCCGUCCCCAUAUUAUUGAAUUAGUGGCAUCUGAUCAUGUGGUAGUUUCAAAUCUUACAUUCUUGAAUGCCCCUGCAUAUAGCAUCCACCCAGUUUAUUGCAGCAAUGUACAUAUUUACAAUGUUUCAAUUUCUGCUCCUCCAGAAUCCCCUUACACCAUUGGCAUAGUACCAGAUUCUUCUGAUCAUGUUUGUAUAGAGGAUUGUGUCAUUGAAACGGGCUAUGAUGCAAUUGCCCUGAAAAGUGGGUGGGACGAAUAUGGCAUUGCCUAUGGCAGGCCAACUGAGAAUGUACACAUCAGAAGGGUGCAUUUGCAAGCUUCUUCUGGCUCUACUAUUGCAUUUGGCAGUGACAUGUCUGGUGGCAUUUCAAAUAUUCUUGUGGAGAAUGUUUAUCUUUACAAUUCAAGGAGUGGCAUUGAAUUCAGAACUAUGAGGGGUAGAGGUGGUUAUAUCAAGGAAAUAGUCAUAUCAGAGGUAGAAAUGGAGAAUAUAUACACUGCAAUGGCCGCCACAGGUUAUUGUGGAUCUCAUCCUGAUGACAAAUUUGAUCCAGAUGCUCUUCCACUUUUGGACCACAUUAUUUUCCAAGAUAUGAUUGGCACAAACAUCACUGUUGCUGGAAGCUUUGCCGGUCUACAAGAAUCUCCCUUCACAAACAUAUGCCUUUCCAACAUAAAUUUGUCUAUAAAUGCUGUUUCUUCCAUUCCUUGGGAAUGUUCAAAUAUCUUUGGAUUUUCAGAUUCUGUUCUUCCCAAACCCUGUCCUGAUCUCGAGACCCUUUCGGAUUGUCUCUCCCUUUUGAGUGUCAAGGGAAAAAUUUCGGACAUGUGAUGUGACAAUAAUCCUCUGUCGACAAAAAGUUUCAUAUUCUUCCAUUCCCUGCCUGAAGGCCUUGAAAAAGUGAUUAGCCAUUGAUAUGUCAGAGAAAGCCACAUUCUUUCAAAUAAGACAGAUAUUGGGAUCAUUCAUUUUUCCAUCCUAAGAUUUCCAUUCUUCCAUGCUGCAAGCAGCACAAUAUUUAUUGUACAGCUUCAUUUCUUCAUUCAUGUGUAAUGAAAUUUUGGUAGUACCCACAAGAGGACUCAAUUUGAUGAUA